AUGUCAGUAUAUGCACUUGACAUUCUGGCCGGAGUGGCUCGCAACAGUAGUGUUACUCCCGCAGAGCCUAACACUGUCGACACUAUGGUCCCUAUAAAUGACUGCCAAAUAAUUUGGUCUUGCGGCCCUUUGUUGCUUGUUCUUCUCCAUCAGCGUCGUCUUCUAGUGCAGGAAGUCGUCAGUCAUCAGCCUGCACAAAGAGGUGCUUCGGAAUAG